AGUUGAGACAGAGGUUGAAGUCGGUCAGAAGACCGUGUGGUUACUUCAGGCACAGAAAGAGAAAUUGAAGGUAAUAUUGAAUUAUUUUAAAUUUCAUUGUGGUUUACAUUUUAGGAAACAUAUUUUUCUGGUAAGAUCUUUUACUUACUUCUGUGACAUGUCAGCAUCCCCUUCAUUUGUGUUUCAUUCUUCAGGUUGAUGGAAAACUACACUUUCAACAGCUUCGCCCUCCAGCUGGAGGGGUUAAAAGUCACGGAAACGUCAAUGUACCCUCUAUUUUUCUUUUUCUUUUUUUCUUACCUGUUUAUCAUGUUGGUUAACAUUGGCAUUGUAAUUCUGAUUUUCCUUGACAAAAACCUUCACCAGCCCAUGUAUCUACUUUUUUGCAACCUGCCUUUUAAUGAUAUUCUUGGAAACUCUAUCAUGGUUCCCCGUUUGCUUUUGGACAUGUUGAAGGCUCCCUCGGAACGCAUCAUCAGUUAUCCAGAGUGUGUGGUGCAAGCAUUUUCCACACAUAUGUUUGGUACCACCUCUCACACAGUGCUGAUGCUCGGUCUGACCAUACGCCUGAACCGAUGCAGGACUAUGAUCACAAAUCCUUUUUGUGACAAUGCCUCUCUGUUCAAACUGUCCUGUGAGAGUGUGUUCAUUAAUAAUGUCUAUGGCCUCACGUUCACUGUAGUUCUGUUCACAUCUUCAAUCGGCAGCAUGGUUAUCACCUACAGUAAGAUCACUGUGGUCUGUCUGAUGAAUAAAAGCAACAGUAAAGCCCUGAAGACCUGCAGCACUCAUCUUUCUGUAUAUCUAAUUAUGAUACUGAGUGGGUUUCUUAUUAUCAUCCUGCAUCGCUUCCCUCAGUACUCAGACUACAGAAAACUUGCUGCCAUUUUAUUCCAUAUCAUCCCCGGCAGCCUGAACCCUAUUAUUUAUGGAGUUCAGUCGAAAGAGAUACGAACAUUCGUAUCACAUAUGUUUCAGCGUAAAAGAGUGUUGCCAUCGUUGUAA